CAACAAGUUAGCUUUACCAUCGUGAGUUCUUAAAUUAGUGGAAGAGUCUCUCUGGUCUUAAUAGUUCAUUGCUUAGGGGUUGAAGAAAUCAAUGGCCUCAAUCCUUGCAAGAAGGCUAGAAGGAAAAGUUGCGCUGAUCACCGGCGCUGCUAGCGGCAUUGGCGAGAAGGCAGCGAGGUUGUUUUCCCGACAUGGAGCUAAGGUGGUGAUAGCGGACAUUCAAGAUGAUUUAGGGCAAAAAGUUUGUGACGAAUUGGACACCGCAUCGUCAGCUACCUUUGUCCGAUGCGAUGUGACAAAGGAAUCUGACGUUGAAAACGCCGUCAACGCCGCCAUUUCAAAAUUCGGCAAGCUCGACAUCAUGUACAACAACGCCGGAAUCGCGGGACUGUACCGACCCAACAUCCUGGACGACGAGAAAUCCAACUUCGAGCGCGUCGUUAGCGUAAACCUCGUUGGCGCGUUUCUCGGAACCAAACACGCUGCGCGCGUGAUGAUCCCGAACCGACGUGGCAGCAUAAUAACCACCGCGAGCGUGUGCGCCGUGAUCGGCGGCAUGGGGUCGCACGCAUACACGAGCUCGAAGCACGGCGUGCUGGGGCUUAUGAGGAACACGGCGAUUGAUCUGGGGCGGUAUGGGGUUCGAGUGAACUGCGUGUCGCCACACGUGGUGGCGACGACGCCAAUGGCGAAGGGUUUCAUUGACAUGAUGGGUGAGGUUGAAAUGGGGAAGGUUUAUUCCGCGUUCAAAGUGGAGGAGCUAACGGCGGAGGAUGUGGCGGCAACAGCUCUUUUCUUGGCGAGUGAUGAAUCGAGGUAUUUGAAUGGAGAAAACAUUGUUGUUGAUGGGGGAUUUACGAUUGUCAAUCCAAAUUUAUGUAGUUACAAAUAAAUAAGGACUCCCAAUAGCGGCCUAUUAACCUUCAAUAUUUGAGCUAGUAAGUUAUGAUUCCUAUGAACAAUCUAGGCUAGCUUAUCUUUUUGUAAUCUUUUAUGGGGUAAGAUCAGAUGUUUAUUUAGUACACAUCUUUGUUAGUACUUGCAAGCUAAGUUUUUGUCGUCAUUUAAAAAAUAAAUAAUGUUAUGGCUAAGGAUAUGAAUGUUUUGGA